AUGGCGAACAGGAAGUUUAUGGGAACUGAUUAUGGGAACAUUGAUCGGACUUCUCAGCAUGUCACCAGUGAGCCUGAAGUCCUCCCCGUUGCAGAGGAACCUGGUCAUGCCGAAGUCAAUGACGAGUGGAGUGAUGACGUCCUCCAGGAUUUAGUCGGAGAUUUGUCUGAAUGGAGUGCCGAUGUCCUCAACGCUUUGAGCUGUGUUUUCUCCGACUUUAAUGACAACACCCUCCAACCUCCAGUCUGUGUUGCGACUGACUUGAGUGUUGACAUUCCCCAAGCUACAGUCUUUGCUACAUCCGACUAUAGAGUACCAGUCCGUGAUGUGGCCGACUAUAGAGCCAAUUUCCCUCGAGUUCUGAUCCGUGAUGUGGCCUACUAUAGAGCCAAUCUCCCUCGAGUACCAGUCCGUGUUGAGGCUGACUGCAGUGUGGACGUCCCCCAAGUCCCUGUCAGUACCACAUCAGCUCCAGGCUUUGAUGUGGUUGACUGUUGUAGCGAUGUCUCUCAAGUUCUAGUCUGUGCCUCGUCAGACUGUAGAGUUGACAUCCACCAUGAAUCAGUCAGACUGACAGAGGACACUGUAUCACCUCAGAGUCAACUGGAUGAUUAUGAGAUUAUUGACAUCAAUUCAUGCAGCUAUGAAAUCGGCAGGAAGCUCGGUGAAGGAAGCUUCGGAAAUGUUUAUGCGGGAAUUCGCAUGACAGAUGGCCUUAAGGUGGCGCUGAAAUUCGCUGACAACAUGGGAAUAGAAUGGCUCGACAUUGAGGGGUGUCCUGAACCUGUUCCAACGGAGAUUGGUCUACUAAUUCUUGCCAACAAAGGCCCCAGAGUUCCCCAGAUCAUCCAGCUUCUAGACUGGGAAGAGGAGCCUGAACAAUACAUCAUGGUUCUAGAGCGGCCUGUACCCUGUGAGGACUUGAUUGGAUUUCUAGACCGCCACAAAGGCACUAUUGAAGAGGACGUAGCAUCGGUUAUCAUGCAGCAGGCAACACUCGCAGCUCAAACAUGCUGCCAACGUGGAGUGCUGCACCGUGACAUAAAACUGGAAAACCUGCUGAUUAACCCGAACACACUGGAAGUCAAACUGAUUGACUUUGGGUGCGGCGAAAUCCUUAUCAACGAGGGAUACACGUCCUUUAGUGGCACAAGAGAGUACUGCCCCCCAGAGUACGAUAUAAAUGGCGAGUAUCACGGGGAACCAGCAACAGUUUGGUCACUCGGGAUACUCUUGUUCACACUACUGUGCGGGAAAUUUCCGGAGUCAGAAGACUUGGAGAAGCUGAAUGAUAACAUCUGGACCAAAGAUGGCUUGUCACAAGAAUGCUGCGAACUACUUUGCUCUUGCCUGCAAACUGACCCAGAGCAACGGAUUGAAUUGAAAAAUGUCAAUCUCCACAACUGGUUUAUAUAUUUUAAUUAUUAA